GAGGGCAGCCGGAGGAGGCGGAUCUUUGGGAAGGGGGAGGAGAAGAAGGCUUGUUGUUUGGAGGUGGAGGGGGGCUUAAGUGUCCCAGGAGGGGUUAAAGGAUGACGACCAUGGCUGAUAACCACAAGGAGAGCUGGGCCGCCCUAGUAGCGGCAGCGGAUGGAUACCGGCGUCAGACGGGCAACGAAGUGGUGCUGCUCACGGCCUUCAGGGCCCCUCCCCCUGGCGGCUUUGGCUACGCGCAGCAUGGAAGUGGGGCCCUGGCUGAUGCCGUUCAACGCUACCUCGAAGACAUUGCAGUGGUCCACAAGACCACGGCCUUCACUUACGCUGCCCGUCCUCCUGUGGCCCCUCGCCUGUCCCCCAACCAUGGCUCCUACUCUCGAAGCUGUCCUGCCACUGGUGCCCCAGGUGAGCCCGCCCCGCACAGGACGCCUCCCCCACAGGGGCCUUCGCCAGAGGCUUUGGGAGGCCACGAGCCUGAAGAUGAGGAUGAUGAAGGAGAUAGGAACACACUGACAGAAGGAGAGCAACCAGGUUCGAGAGACCAUCCCAGUGACACCACUGGUCUGUUUGUGAUGGACGAGGACUCCCCAAGCCAAGAGUAUGAACCUUUCUUCGACUCUGACCCAGAGAGCACUGAUGAUGGGAGUCUGAGUGAGGAGGCCCCUGGGCAGACAGCCCCUCCACCCCUCAGCCACCAAUAUGCCAAGUCCUUGCCUGUCUCCGUGCCAGUCUGGGGGUUUAAAGAGCAACGGCAAGAGAUGCGCUCCUCUGACGAGGAGAACAGCAAGCAUUCGUCCCCCGACCUCGAGAAGAUUGCCGCCAGCAUGCGGGCUUUGGUGCUGCGGGUGUCGGACGGCACGGAGAUGUUCGGCGACCUGCCUCGGCCGCGGCUCAACACGAGCGACUUCCAGAAGCUACAGAGGAAAUACUAGCGGAUCCGGCAGUCUCUUCCCUCCCUUCCGCCCCCUCCCUCGGUGCCCCCCCCCCCCCCGGUCGGUGGACAGGGUUGGAUGUUCCCCUUAAGCCAUACAGCCGUAUUUCUGAGCGCUUACAAGCUUUAAAUUAAAGUGAUAACUUUGAUUGCACACUAUAAGUUGGGAUGAGGGAGGGGAGGACUUCUGGUUCCCUUUCCCCCCCUCCCUGAAAAAUAAACCCUGUCCCACUUCUUUCUUUCCUGGAAUUUCAACGAUCCAGCACCUCUUCGCCAGCGGCGAACCCUGCCCUGGUCAAGAGAAAGCGACACUACAGACACACACUACAAUUCUGCCCCGGCCCAGUCCAGCCCUGGCUGCUGACGGGUCACUUAAAGUCAGAAGUUUCUCUCUUCCCUUCCCUUCCCUGUGACGAGUGUCUUAAGAUCCUUUGCACAUAAGCUGGGUUUGUCUAUAGAGUUUUUAGUUUUGAGCCGAGUCUCUCUUGUCGGGGAGAGCGAAGAGCGUGGCAGGGGGUCCUGGUUACGUGGCUCCCCCUUCCCACGCGUCAAUCUCUCCCGGUUUUCAGAAGUGGUAUUUCAGGGUUGUUUUUCUAUUGGGGAGGGCGGUGCAAACGUGGGGGGUCACCCCGAGCAGAUGGGAUGUACAAGUGGCUCUAAGAGUCGCACGCGACCCUCUGUUUUUCCUCCCCCUCUGCUUUCCCGGCGUACUUUUGUAUCAGAUUCUCGGGGGGCCCUCGGAGGCCCCGGCCCUCUAUAUUUUUGUCCAAAGAUGAUUGGUGAAUUGGAAGGGGGAGGAUGUCUUUGUCUCCUUCCCACCAGCCUACCAGCCAAUAAAGAACAUACUGACUUUUA